ACGACAAGGUACGCAAAUUUCUCAAGCCGUAUCUAAUCUUCAUCUUCUUCUUUUUAAUGUUCUGUUAGCUCUCUUCUCUUUCGAAGUACCCAACUUUUUGCUAUAACGAAGCUUCAAGAGCCAAAAGGAUUGGUUUUUUUUUUCCUUUUUUUUGCUUCAGGCAUAGAAAUUGAAGGAAUUGAAUCUGUUAAUUUUUGUUUGUGGUGCAAAUUAAAAGAUGGGGUCAUCAUCAGUAAUAACCCCAGAAGACGUGUUGGAGUCUUUGAUGAAUGAUGGAACCAUUGAUGCUCUCAGGUUGAAGAUUAUCAAUCAGCUUAAAGCCAAUGAGGAGCUGAAGAAUACAACAAUUAGAAUGGCAGAGCAGAGUAAGGUCCUUAACACCCCUGGGGCAGAGAAACAGACCAAAAGAGAAUUGUUUGAUGCACUUAGGCAGGAACUUGAAACCCCAGUUCUUGAGAGGGCGUCAAAAUCAGUUUGGGAUUUGAUUUUGGAUAGCAAUGGGCUAGGGAAGGAAAUAAGUGAAACAGUGGAAAGAGUCUUUUGUAAAUUAAGUGGCAGGGAACCUCCACUAUUUCCUCAUCCAAAUGAUGAAAGCCAGCCUGAAAAAGAAGCUGAUGACGAGAAAGGAAAAGGGAAAGAAAAGGAGAAUGAAAAUGAAAAGGAGAAUUCAAACUCUAAAUCAAAGAAACGAAAUUUCAGUGAAAUGAAUGCUGAGGGAAGUGCCACUGAAGUUGCUGGCAAAUCUAGCGAUACUCCAGCUGCGCCUGAUGAUGCAACUUAAUCUCUCAUCCUUAGUGUGAAGAUUGUGUUGCUGUGUCAACAGAAACUAUUGUUGCAAAUCUGGUGAUCUUUUUGACUGGAAAAGAAAACUCCAAUCAAUUCGUGCCCUUUGUUACAACAAUACAAUAUUGUUUAGGUUUGCCUAGAACAGAGCAGAAGUGAAUGUGUUUAUUGUAGUAUGAACUAUGGAGUUCUCAUAUGACCACAAGCUGUAUCCUCAUCAUGAAGUCUAUUUACUAAAGUUAAUUCUGUGAAUAGUUUGAGGGCUGUUUCUUCUGGCUUUGCCUAUAUUCAAAGUAGAUGAAAGCAUGCUUGUUUUUGAGCAUAUUUUAUCUCCCA